AGAGAGUGGAUAGGACAAGGAAGAGAGAGACCUGAAGAGAUAUCUCAGAAGAAACAGCUUGAACUUCCCUAUUCCAAACGAAGCCAGCACCAUGGACACUAAAGGCACAUUUUCCUGUGGCUUCCUCUUGCUGCUGCUCAUCCAACUCCAGCCCGGCAGAGCCAACCCUAUCUACAGCCUCAGCCCUGCUAAAGAACUGGCCAGCAUGGAGGCUCUGCUGGAAAAACUGGAGGAUAAGUUUGCAAUGAUUGAAGCCCUGGAGUCCAAUCCUGACCUGCAAGAACCCAAAACCCAGGAGGAGAUCCCACCAGAACUCAUGGAUGACAGCGAUGACCAGAAGGCUGAACCCAGGCUAGCACCCAGCACCCCUCUGUCCUACAGGGACCCCUUCCUCAAGAGACUGAGGGGGCUGCAGAUGCCCAGGAUGAUGAGAGAUUCUGGCUGCUUCGGGAGGAGGAUUGAUAGGAUCGGCUCCCUGAGUGGAAUGGGUUGUAAUGGUUCCAGAAGGCACUAAGACAACCUCCCUAUACCCUACUCUGAAGAAUGCUUUACAGUACCUGUUCCUCCCCAGACGAAAGUCGGCUGCUUUCUAAAUUCUUCAACAGAAAGUGAUUCCUAUUUCUAUUUAUUUAUUUAUUUAUUUAUUUGAUGGUUGGUUGUUGGUUUGUUUUUUUUUAAGAACAUUUCUUACUCUAGCACCAAGAGAUCAUCUUUAAAUAAAACUAACACAUCAGACAUCUCUGCUGGACCUCUCUCCUGUCUGUUGCAUUAAAAUGUCUUGUAUUUUCCU